AUGGCCGGCGGUGUCACUGUUCGCGACGUUGAUGCGCGAGGGAGUCGCAAGACUUCUGAAGACGGAAUAUUUGCUAAUGGGUUCUCUUUCUCUCUCGUUCAGGCGCAAAAGUUCAUCACUUCCUAUGCUGCUUUCCUGAAGCGCCAGGGCAAGCUGCCCAUCCCUGGUUGGGUCGACACCGUCAAGACCGGCCCCUCCAAGGAGCUGCCCCCCCAGGACAUCGACUGGUUCUACGUCCGCGCCGCCUCCGUCGCCCGCCACGUCUACCUCCGCAAGACCGUCGGCGUCGGCCGCCUGCGCAAGGUGCACGGCACCGCCAAGAACCGCGGCUCGCGUCCCUCCAAGCACGUCGACGCCUCCGGCUCCGUCGACCGCAAGGUCAUGCAGGCCCUCGAGAAGAUUGGCGUCCUCGAGCAGGAUGACGACAAGGGUGGCCGCCGCAUCACCCAGGCCGGCCAGCGUGAUUUGGACCGUAUCGCCCAGACCACCGCUGAGGCUGAGGAGGAGGACGAGGACGACGAGUAA